AUGGUGCAAAUACCAAUACUAAAGAUAAUCGGGGAAGAACCCCUCCUUCAUUAUGCAGUAACACUCAAAGAUUUUCAUGACAUUGCAAAAUUUUUGAUUACACAAAAAAUUUAUAUCAAUAGCAAAGAUAUUAAUGGCGAAACCCCUCUUCAUUUGGCAGUAAGUAAUAAAUGCUAUGAAGGAGUGGAACUUCUUAUUUCACAUGGAUGUAAUAUCAAUGCUACAAAUGAAUUAGGAGAUACAGCACUUCAUAUUGCCUUAUCAAAAAAUCAUACAAAAAUUGCAGAAAUUCUGAUUUCAUAUAAAGCGAGCGUAAAAAUUAAAAAUAGCAUUGGAGAGAUUUCACUUCAUAAAGCCGCAAGAAAAUGCAGUCGUUAUAUAAUAAACCUUCUUAUAUCUCAUGGUGCUGAUAUUAAUUCCAAGAAUAAAUACAAUGAUACGGCUCUUCACAUUGCAGCAAUGUUUAAUAACACUGAUUCAAUAGAGUUUCUUAUUUCCGAAGGUGCUGACAUCAAUUCAGUAAACAAUGAGAAUAGAACAGCUCUUCAUUAUGCCUCAAGCAACCGAUAUUGCAUAGAAACAGUAGAAUUUCUAAUAUUACAUAAUGCUGAUAUCAAUUUAAGGGAUAAUAAAAGUCAAACACCUCUUGACAUUGCAGCAUAUAACAAUAAUACCGAAAUAGCACAACUUCUUAUUUCCCAUGGAGCUAAAUGA